CCACCCGCCCAGUGUGCCGCCGGCACCCAGACGCGUGUCUGCACGAUUGUCUGAACGCGGCGGGCUCGCGCGGCCGACAGGGCGCCCGGAGAGCUCAGCGAUGCCGGCGUCCCCGGUGCAAGGGAAUGCGAGCGGCAGGGAAGGCGGUCCAGGCGGCAGCCAGAGGAGCCCUGGCCCUCCCUGUGUCCGGGGGGGGGGACCAGCCGGGUCCUGGCUGGGUGGCAGCAAGCUGCCUACAGAAAAGGUGUUCUGGGUUUGGCUGGGCAUGGUUCCUCCCCCAGCCGGAAGCCCCCCAGUCCGGGCUGCUCUGAUGGGCCCGGACCCUCUCCCACCGCCAAGGGUCUCCCUGGCCCCAGCAGCUGGAGCGAGUGAGGGGGGCUGCCUGGGCUGGCAAGGAGCGGGGAGCCCAAAGGCCAGCCUGGCUCCCUGACCCCACAGGAAUGGUUCCCGGCUCGGCCACCUCUGCCCGGCCACCUCUGCCCGGCCCGGCGUGCCCCUGGCAGGCGGGCCACCCUGUGUUCCAGGGUCUCCUAGCAACCAGGAGAAACUUUCCACACCCAGCAGAACACAGCAGCCAGCCACUGAUGCUGGAGCCCGGCACCCGCCUGCCUGCCUGCGGCACUGAGGCCCACGAAUCUCCCUGAGGCAGCCGGGGACACCCGGAGCGGCCGGAGGGGCCAUGAGCCACUUCCUCUCCUUUGUGGAGCUGAUCAACCUGGCCAUUGGGACGCCGGAGCUGGGCAAUGUCAACUUCAACGCCCUGCACCUGUUCCUGCUCAGCCUUGUGGAGCACCUCCAGCUGCAGAAUGUGAGGAAGGAGGUCACUGCCGACGAGAUGGAAUUCAUCAAGCCGCCCCUGAGUGCGGCAGCCUCCGUGGCCACCUCUUCCGAAGCCGUUCACGUGGCCCAUCAGUCCAGCUCUAUCUUCCACCAGAUGCAUGAGAGGAUCACAGCCAUUGAGCAGCAGCUGCGUUUCCUGAACGAUGCCCCUGACACCAUGGAGCUGCUGGCCCGCAGCCAGGGCAUUGGCCAGCCCGCCCAGGACAUGUGGCAGAUGAUGCAGCUGAAGAAGAAGAUGGAGCUGAACGAGGAAGGGAUGACCAAGGCCAUGAAUACGUUGCAGGACCUGCUAAAUAGCAUUUGCUCCCUGAAAAUAGCCACAGAUACCUUUCACCAAGAACUGGGGCAGCUGAAGCACAACGUUGCCCAACUCAAUGGAGAAGAAAUGAAAGAGCAGCUUCUGUGUCUGGAUGAACAGGCCAGGAUGAUGGAAGAAAUGAAGGAGCAACUGGACCUCAUGAAGGAAAGGGUCAACAUGUCUGCAGAUGCUUCAGAUGUGGUGUGCUGGAGUGCCCUUUGUGAGACGCUGACCGGCAAAAGCACCAAGGAAGAGGGAGAGGAGGAGGGAAAGAAAGAGGAAGAGAAAGGGGCUAGAGAGAAGACAUCCCGGGACAUCCUGGCUGUUCUGAGCCAACUGCCUGAGAAGCAUGAAGCUCUCCUGCAGCACGUCACUGAGCUGGAGGCCCAGUUGAAGUACCUGGGAAGCCCUGGAGCCUCUGCUUUUGAAAUCUCUCCUGAGCUGAGGUCGCUGCUGGAACGGAUGGAGAAGUUGCAAACUCAGAGCAAGCAGGGAAAGGAAUCUCUCCAGGGAACCCUGGAGCAGAUGGAAGAGCUGAAGGAACAGUACGAGAAGCUGCAGAUGGGGGUGGAAAACUUAGCCAGGAACGCCUCGGACAUCCAGGUGAUGCGCAACAUGUUAGAGCAGUUGGAUGUUAAGAAAGCCGAUAAGGCCUUGAUUGAAGAGGAGAUGAAUGUGAAAGCUGAUAAGAGCGCGCUGGAGGCUAUGGUGAACCACGGAGAGCUGCAGGUAGCCACCAGCCAGCUGAGUGAGAUGAUGCAGGAUCUGCUGCAGAAGAUGUCUCUCCAGGACAAGGAUUGGCAGAAAGCGCUGGAGAAGCUCUUUAUUGACAUGGACUGCAAGCUGGACCGGAUGGCCCUGGAUCCUGUGAGCCGACAGCUGGAGGAGGUGUGGAGGUUCAUCAAGAAAUACCUGAGUGAGGGCCCCCGCUUUGACGCAGACAGUGCUGCUGGCUUUAAGAAGCAGCUCUUUGAAAGAGUGAAGUGCAUCUCCUGUGACCGGCCAGUGACCAUGAUGACCGGGCCACACAUGAUCACCAUCCGCAAGGCCACUCUGAGGCCUCGUCCAGCCAGCGCCAAUGGCUAUGAAUACCUCUCCCACCAGCAAAAAAGGGAUCAGGAUCCAAACGAGAUGAGCGGCAGCCUCCCCUUGCAGACUUGUUGGCAGUGCCAAGCUCACCACCAAGCCUGCACCCUCAAGCGCCUGACCCGGUCCCAUGACUUCACCACCCUCUACCCUUAUGGGGACCCAACUGCCAUCACCUAUGACAACACUGAAGUAGACAUUCUGGGGGUGAACGGUGUCCUCUACAAAGGCCGGGUGAGCUCGCAAGCGGCAGACCGGGCGUUUGCCCUGCAGAAGGAAUUUGCAGCUCUGAAGUUUCCUCGGCCUCCAACGGGGGUGCGAAUGGAGAGGGUCCGCUCCGCCUUUGCAGAUGUUAGUGCUGUGCCCUACCCCCCCUCAGCCCUCCGCCGAGUGGGGUCUGCGAUAGCCAACAGCAACCGGCAGCCGCAGCAGCUCAGCUGUGAUCCGGUGGACAGAACAGUCAUCAGCACCACUUUCAGCCAAAGCCACGUUCAGAACGGGAAGGACAUUCCAGGCCUGUGAACUCAGGUCUCUAUGGGCCCGACCUUGUUUCCUCUCUCUUGUUAAACACACGCCAGGCCUCCCACCCAGACAGGGACAGGGCGCAGUAUAGGUGGAGGCAUCUGUGGGGUUCCCUUCCUUCCCUCUCAGCUGGGCUAUCUGGGCCAGAUCCUUCACCCAACAUCCACUGUGGCAUCUUCCUACGGGCAACCAUGGCUUUUAGCAGGCUAGGAAGUGAGGCCUCUGCCCUGCCAUUACCUCCGCCGGAGACCUUGGCCAUCGCUGCUGGCCACUGAUGCUGUAAUAGCAGAGGCUGCUCCUCUCCUGUGCCUCCCCACCCAGCUCAUAUCUGAAGCAGAGGCCAGAGGCUUGCCUGGCUUUAAAAGGGGGGAGGCUCUGUCCCACAACUGCCCUCAUGCCUGACUCAUGUCAGAAAUGCAGCAGAACAUGGGCCAAGAUGGUGUCUCCCUCCUUGGUGAACUGGGAUUCCCAAACAAAACAUUCUUUAUGAUGAUAGCGAACGCUGUUCCUGUAUUCAAGGGGUGAGGCCGGCAGAAGAUCCGCCCUGCUGCCCAGUUUGGACCCUAGCAUUUUCAGAAACCCGUUUUGACCAAUGUGCCUCUCCUCCCCUCCUCCCCAUGGGUCCCUUGGAGGUAUUCCUGAUUCUGCCCCUGUCUCAGCCAUGGCACUGGAAAGCAUUCACUGCGUGACAAAAUGGUUCCAUAAAGAUGUUCUUUUUCUA